AUGGAAAACCAGAAAUCGGAUAAAGAGGAAAAUGAUGAGAAAAAUUCGAAAAGAAUUUUAAGAAAAGAGUUGUUGUCUUCUUCUACAGAUUUUCGAAAAAACUCAACAAACAUGAACGAAUCGUCUGCUAGCAGUUCGGAUUUAUCGACAACGUAUUCUUGGUCUCCGAUAUCUUACGCUAAACAUUCGUGCGGUAGUUUAUUCGUCAAAUGUUCCCAACACGGAAAAUGGCCGCUCCUUCAAACGUUCACCAAUCGGAAAAGUCCGCUCUAUCAGAAAACGUUUCCGGGACGAUGUGCGACGUUGAGAAGUAAAAAACCGGAAGAUUAUGUUAUGAGACGUAAAAAAUGGAAUAAAGACGACGAGGAAAACGAAAACGUUUUGAAAAAUUUAUCGUUCGAACGAGAACCUGAGAAAACGUUAUCCCACUCAUCGGAAACAAAAACAAACGCGGGUAUAUUGAGUCGGAAAUGUGGGAAAAAGACAAAAAACAAAGUCAAAUUCGACACGAAAUUUUUGAAAAUGGAAAAAUCGAAUGAACAGACCGAAUCUCGUUUCGCAACAACGCAAAAUAUGAUAAUCAAAAGACGUAAUUCUUGGACGGAUCGUGUAGGAUUCGUGGAAAAAAUCAACGAACAACAACAACAACAACAAAAAACAAUCGUACAUCGCGAGAACGUUUCGAUAUCUCGAUCGAAAAAUCGAAGCGAACGUGACGAAAGAAGCACGAGUUGUGACAAAACAAGUAAAAAUAGUUUUACCAAGUCCGUGAAAAUGGUUCAAAACAACGAUGACGUGGAACCGUCGCGUAAAUACGACAGGAAUCACCCCAAAAGAAGUUUUAAAACGUCUGCAAACCAAGACGAAAGACAGAGAAAACGUUCGGAAAAAAUUAACAAAAAAACAAAUAAAAAUUACGAAUCCGAACCGGAAGACGAGAAAAAGGUUUUGCAAAAACGCGACGAAAAUUUAAAAAUUAAUUUACAAAACUACGAUCAAAACGAAACGGAACGUCUUCGUACGAUUGUCGCCAGUUUGUCAAACGAAACAAACGAACAAGAAGAAAAAAUUGAUUUUUUACAAACGGAAAUUUUUUACCUAAGAAAAGAAUUGAAAAAAAAAGAUCGGGAAAAUGUUAAACUUCACAGAGAAAUUCACAAGCUCAAGAGCGUUUUGCAAGAUGCGAGAGUUUUCAAAAGAGAAGGAGAUUUAUUAUCGAGUCUUCAAGAAUCUCAUGGAAUGCCUGGACAAUUUCAACAGGUUAUUAACAUUCCAAAUCCAAAUAAAAAACAAGGAGUUUCCGGAGAGUCAUCCGAUCACGGUCAAAAUCACCAUCAAAUUGAAAUUCAACGAUUUGAAAAAGAUUUCAGGUCGAAACAAUUAAUUAAAGACGCCAUUUUGGAAAAUAAUUUUCUUAAAAAUUUAGAUACAGUUCAAGUAAGAGAAAUCGUCGAAUCCGUUUAUCCGAAAAAAUUUUCAAAAGGAGAUUAUGUCGUGCGAGAAGGAGAAGCGGGUUCCCAUCUUUACGUGUCCGCCGAAGGAGAACUUGAAGUUAUUAAAGAUCAAAACGUCCUUGGAAGAAUGGGUCCUGGAAAAGCGUUCGGAGAAUUGGCCAUUUUGUAUAAUUGCAGGAGAACGGCUUCCAUCAAAGUUGUGAGCGAUGCUAAAGUUUGGGUUCUCGACAGGCAAGUAUUUCAAAAAAUAAUGAUGAAAACCGGACUUCAAAGACUCCAGGAAAAUUUAAAUUUUUUACGUUCGGUUCCCCUUUUACAAUCAUUGAACAAUGAAGUUUUGGCUAAGAUAGCCGACGUUUUGGAAGUGGAUUUUUACCCCUCGGGAGAACACAUAAUUCGUCAGGGAGCGACUGGAGAUACGUUUUUUAUAAUAAGCAGCGGAAGCGUUAAAGUGACACAAGAAAAACCUGGAAAAGAUGAAGAGGAAGAGAUAAGAAUUUUAAACAAGGGAGAUUAUUUUGGAGAACAAGCAUUAUUGAAAGAAGAUUGCAGGACUGCCAACGUGAUAGCAUUAAGUCCAGGCGUUGAAGUUUUAACGCUGGAUCGAGAAUCUUUCAUACAACUCAUAGGAGAUUUAUCCGAACUUCAAGAGAAAGAUUACGGAGACGAAAGUAGAAAUUUUGCUAAAUUUUCCAGUUGUUCCAGUCUAACCGACAAACAAGAAUUCGAAUACAUUAGACUACAGGAUUUGGAUAUAAUAACCACAUUAGGGGUCGGAGGAUUCGGACGCGUCGAACUCGUACAAUAUUCAAAAAAUAAAUCCAUGGCGUUUGCUCUAAAAUGUUUGAAAAAACAACACAUUGUCGAAACAAGACAACAGGAACACGUUUACAGCGAGAAAAAUAUCAUGAUGGCAUGCAACAGCCCUUUCAUCUGUCGUUUGUACAGAACGUUUAAAGAUUCCAAAUACGUGUACAUGCUACAAGAAGCACUAUUAGGAGGAGAAGUUUGGACGAUACUCAGAGAAAAAGGUUGUUUCGAUGAUUACACGACAAAAUUCAUAACUGCUUGCGUCAUUGAAGCCUUCGAAUACCUUCACACAAGAGGAAUCGUUUACAGAGAUUUAAAACCUGAAAAUUUACUUCUUGACAGCAUAGGUUAUACAAAACUGGUCGAUUUUGGUUUUUCAAAAAGAAUCGGAUUCAGUUCGAAAACAUGGACGUUUUGUGGCACCCCGGAAUAUUUAGCACCAGAAAUUAUUUUAAACAAAGGUCACGACAGAGCUGUUGAUUAUUGGUCGUUGGGAAUACUCAUGCACGAACUUUUAACCGGAAUACCACCGUUUGCCGCUCCUGAUCCAAUGAGAACCUACAACAUUAUAUUAAAAGGAAUUGACGUCAUUGAUUUUCCCAAACACAUAACAAAGGGAGCACAAAGUCUUAUAAAAAGAUUAUGCAGAGAUUCACCGAGUGAAAGAUUGGGAUAUCAAAGAGGAGGAAUUCAAGACAUAAAAAAACACAAAUGGUUUCAAGGUUUCGAUUGGUCUGGUCUAAAACAAAGAGCAUUGAUUCCUCCUGUUGCUCCAAUAGUCAGAAGUCCGACAGAUACUUCCAAUUUUGAUAGUUAUUCAAAAGAAACUGUUGUGCCACCUGAUGAGUUCUCAUGUUGGGAUGCAAAAUUUUAA